CCAUGAAAUAUUGUACUUUGACUGUCAAAGUUUGACAUAUUGAAACUGAAAUUAGCAAUUUAAUUAGAAAUUAGUAAUCAAAUCAAAAUUAAUAGUCUCAAAUUAUCAUAAUCCCGUCUGGGUUGAUGUCAUAUUUUAUCAAGUACCAAUUACUGAAGAUGUCAACGUUGGGAAGUGGAGUUCUUGCUGCGAGUAAAAUCCCAAUUUUAGUUCUUUGUGGACCUUCGGGAAGUGGAAAGUCUACUCUGCUGAAGAAGCUGUUGUCCGAGUUUGAUAACAAGUUUGGCUUUUCCAUUUCUCAUACGACGAGAUCGCCACGACCAGGGGAAACGAACGGAGUCGAUUACCAUUAUGUGACUCGUGACGAAAUGCAACAAGCUAUUAAGAAUGGCGACUUUGUCGAGUUUGCAGAGUUUUCGGGAAACAUUUAUGGCACCAGCAAGAAAUCUAUCUCUGAUGUGUUGUACACUCAAAGAAUUUGCAUCCUGGACAUUGACGUGCAAGGGGUCAAACAACUCAAACAAAUUCCGGAUUUCCAAUCUAAGCAGAGGCUCGUAUUUAUUAAUCCUCCGAGUCUAAACACCCUGAAAGCAAGACUAGUUGACAGGGGUACCGAGACAGAAGAGUCCUUGGCCAAAAGGUUAGCCGUUGCACAGGCCGAGAUUGAUUAUGGAAUCACUCCAGGAAACUUUGAUUUGGUGAUAGUAAACGAUGAGGUGGACAAGGCAUAUGGAAAACUGCGAGAGUUUAUUUUACCUGAUAUUCAACAACUAGAAAAAGAGAAGACUCAAACUGAAGGAGGUGACGGAGAUAAAUGAAAACUUUAAUUAACGUGAAAUUCUAGUAACUAGUAACUUUUAAAAUUUAUCAUGUUAUACCUCAUAUAUUGUUUGGUAACAAGACGGGUGUAGCUCAAUGCCAAUAAGUAAUGCAAUACAAGUACAUGUAACAAACACGUCAUUACUCAUUAGUCCUUCGUAUAUUGCCAUUGAACCCUCACAAUUGCAUUGCUAUUAUUUAUUAUGACUCGUGAGUUUAUAAUUUUAUCAUCCUUGAAACCAGAUAAGCAACUUAUUCACAUUUAUUAUAAUUUAUUAGUAAAUAUUGUGUGCAGAAUCCACUUGACCUUUAUUAGUUGUGACCAUUUUGUUGUUAGCUUUAUAGAUUCAUUCACUAUUUGAUGCAUGUUUUGAAAACCUCAUUCUAAAAUCGCUGUUAAUUUAACCAACGUAAGACCUACUUGUAAUACAUGGAAAUACCAUGUAAUUAAAAAAUAUUACCCAAUUCAUCUGUACCUGCUUAACUUUUUUAAGACCAUGUUUUAAUCUAUUCCAUGUAUUUGGAACUGUAUCGCUGCUAUCUCGUUCGAUUACAUUAAUAAAUGACAUCCUUUGUAACUGGCAACCAAAUCUAAAAAGAAAUAAAAAUAAACCGCAUGUUGUGUUCCCAUUGAA